AGAGGUUUCACACAUCCCACCACCUCUAACCACCGACCUUCAUAAGUCUAAAAACAGAGACAACAAACACUCCUCUCACUCUCAUUAUUUCAUUUUCAUUCUAUAAAAAAACAAACAAACAAAAAAAAGCUCGAAUCUUCUACAAGUCAGAGAGAGAGAGAGAGAAUUUUGAUGGCGUUAGCGAAUAACUUAACGGCGAUACUGAACUUACUAGCUUUACUCUGUUCCAUACCAAUAACGGCGUCAGGUAUAUGGCUAGCUUCAAAGCCUGACAACGAGUGCGUUAAUCUCCUCCGUUGGCCCGUCGUCGUCCUCGGCGUUCUCAUACUUGUCGUCUCCGCCACCGGCUUCAUCGGCGCCUACAAGUACAAGGAGACUUUGCUGGCAGUUUACUUGUGUUGUAUGGCGAUACUGAUCGGGCUUUUGCUGGUGGUUUUGAUAUUUGCGUUCGUCGUGACCCGACCCGAUGGAUCGUAUCAGGUUCCGGGUAGAGGCUACAAAGAGUAUAGAGUUGAAGGGUUCUCGAAUUGGCUGAAGGAGAACGUUGUUGAUUCCAAGAAUUGGGUGAGGCUAAGGGCUUGUUUGGCUGAUACUAACGUUUGUCCUAAACUCAACCAAGAGUUCAUCACCGCCGAUCAGUUCUACUCCUCUAAUAAGAUCACUCCUCUCCAGUCCGGCUGCUGCAAACCACCGACCGCGUGUGGCUACAACUUUGUGAACCCAACACUGUGGCUAAACCCUUCCAACAUGGCUGCAGACGCGGACUGUUACUUAUGGAGCAACGAUCAAAGCCAGCUUUGUUACAAUUGCAACUCAUGCAAAGCUGGUCUACUGGGGAACCUUAGAAAAGAGUGGCGUAAAGCAAAUCUCAUACUUAUCAUCACUGUCGUUGUUCUCAUAUGGGUUUAUGUCAUUGCGUGUAGUGCGUUUAGGAAUGCACAGACUGAGGAUCUCUUCCGCAAAUACAAACAAGGUGGUGUUUAGAAGGUUGGGCUACUGGUUACUAGCUUACUGCCUCGAGGCUGUAAGCUUCCUGAGUCGCAAGGCCAAUGAAUGAUUUCGGUUGGUGAUUAUGAUUGAUGCAAUUACGCCAUCGAGGAUAUAUAUAUACAUAUAUUGUUUUUAUUAUGUAAGGUCGAGUUUAUGCUACAACUUUUUCUUUUUUUUUGAUAUGGACCAAAAAAGCGAUAUAUAUUAAAGAGAAAUUGUCACAAAAUGUCCCUAAUUAAAGCAGUGAAUUGUUGUUUGGGUUA